CUCUUUUUUCUGCUAUCUCAUUAUCGUCACCACUGUUCCCAUCUCCCCUCCACCCCACAGAAGAGAAGAAAACAUUCUUCAGAUCAUGUCAAAGCAGUGCAUUGGCACUUGCUGGAACGCCAUGGCACGUUGAUGGUCACUUAUUUCGAUUUAAGACAAGCAGCAGUUGCAUUCGAAUCAUUCACUGCAACGUAUAAUCAACCGGAAUAUAUACCCGAUGAUAUAUUGGCUGAGCUGACCAUCACCCCACCUCAAGACAGCCGAUCCGCUAGGACGGUAAUUGUAACUCUCGACGGUGCUCACGAUCGCUUGGUGGAAUUCAAUUACCAGGAAUUCUUCGAUACUUGGGGAGCUACAAGAAACAUAAAUGAGAUGAUAUUCUCCGGUAGUCUGCGCACGUUCGAAGUUGAAUACUUUGACCUACGUGCUCCCUCCCUCGUCACAGCUGCGCUACAUAAUCACGCCUGUCAGGGUGUAACUUUCUAUGUCUGGCAAGGGAUAAGCUCUUAAGGCUGCUGAAGAAUCCCGUAGACGAAUUGAAAUCAAAGCAAAAAUAAAAGAAUGCAAAUGAAAAAGUA